AUGAAAUUAUUCACUUUAAAUCAGAGCAAGGAGAUCCUUUGUGUCCUGCACUUGUCUUAUAUUGAAGCUCAAUCGGAUCGAGAAUACUGUGAGAAUGUGUACAGUGAUUGUCAACGAUUUACUCCUAGAAUAGGACGAUUUGAUGAGACUAUAGAUUCCUUUAAUCGACAUUGUCGUCGAGAGCGACGAGGAAGAUGGAACAACGUAUCUCGAUGUGAAAUGGAAAAAGCUACCUGCCUUUUGAUUUUACGACGGUGUGAUGAUAUGACCUGCAAAAAUAUUGCCGACAUCUUGGAAUUAUAA